CUAAAUCGCUGACUGCCCGCUUAGCUGAAUGACUGUAUCUCGUGCUCACCUUUUCAACUUUAUCAAGCCUAGGAAUUGAUAAAAACCCUAUCUCAUCACCUCAUCACAAAUAAGUCCAAGGCGAUUUUCUUUCCUGACUACUCUGCCCUUGCGACCCAAAAUGCCUAUACUUGCUGUCCAACGAUUCCCUUGACUAUUCCCGAGUGGGUGGAUGUGGCUCCCCAACUGAAGGGUCACCGCUCGUAACCUUGCCGGAUAUACUAGAGAUAUCCUACGGAAUGUCAUGCUAUAUCUGCGGACGCGGGCACCAUGCCCAACGCUUACCAUUCCUUUGUCCCAUUGAUGCCCGCAACCGUCUCUACGAAGGGCGCCUGGCCCAGGCGCACACUCUUAUUGAUAGUGACAGACUCAAACAACAGACCAACGCCCUCAUAGAGCAGCCCCCUCCUACAGCAGCAAAAGCAUCGCGCUCAUCCCCCGCAGCUCGCAAGGCUGCAAUCGACGACUGGGCUUCGAAGCACCAGGAAGCGAUUGACCGGACGGCGGAGAUCAUUGCUCAGGCAGACCGACUCAAAGCGGAGGUCGAGGCCGCGCGACAAGAGAUUAGGCAGCGGAAGAAGACGCUGGCAAGGAGGAAGUCGGAUCUUGCUGAGGCCGCUGAUGGCAUCGAAGAGAAAAGGAAAAAGCAACUUGAUAAGGUUAAAGAUAAUAUUGCGGCAACCAGGGCCGACUGGGAUCUCGUCCACGAGAGCACCGCUUCGAAUCGCGCGUUUCUCUGCAUGGAAGCUGCACGUCUUUAUGGGCUACGGCGGCUGAAAAAAGGCAGCUCUGUCAAGUAUGAGCUGGGUGGCGCUGAGGUUGUCGAUUUGCAUGCUCUGACUGGCGCCUCUCCCCAAGCUAUAACCAUCAGCUUUUCCCAUAUUGUACACAUACUCAACCGCGCCUGUCAAUACCUGGCAAUCCGCCUCCCGGCGGAAAUAAUCCUUCCACACGCUGACUAUCCCCGGCCAGCAAUAUUAUCCAUCACCUCGUCUUAUUCUUAUAAUCACGAUGACAUACCGUACCCCGGCACCUCGGAUCAACAGUCCGAACUCAAUACACUUCCCCAGGACGAUCUAUUUUAUCAGCGUCUUCCUCGCGCUCGGCCCCUCUUCAUAGACAGGCCCCUGCCUGUUCUCGCCAAGGAGGAUCCUGCCAUGUACUCGCUCUUCAUUGAGGGUGUUGCUCUCCUCGCGCAUGAUGUCGCAUGGGCUUGCUGUUCGCAGGGUGUGCCCGUGGGACCCGAGGACGUGCUACACGUUGGGCGCAACCUGUACAACCUACUGAUAGGCAAUCAGCUGCUACGUGGAGUGAGCAGUAAUGAUGGUGGUAACAGCACACCUCAAAUGGGAAGGUACUCUCACGGCGCUGUCCACUCUUAUCUUGGCAGUGCUGAAGGUAGCGAUCUUGUUCGCACCUUCAGGCUUCCUAAUCCCAUCAAGUUGGCAGACAGGCUCAAGAGCAAGCUGAGCAGCGAUGCGCCGAACCCGGACUGGGAGCUGCUGGAGGAUGAUGCUUGGACUUGAUGUCGACGGGGAAUAUGUCAUGUCACAGUUGAAGGUGUGUCUGUGUAGAGUUGUGUGCUUCAAUGAGCGCAGUGUAUACAGUAGACUUCCACAGUCUCCAUUAUAGAAUUGUCCCCUGAGCCCUGACACAAAUGUCAAGACUCUUCAAGGCAAACCCGCAAGUUCCUCGCAGCUUUUAAUGCGUCUUCACUGUGAUUGACAGAUGCUCUUCCUACCAUACCUUCUGGACCCCGGCCCUCUGAAAGGUUGAGGUUUUCCCACUUCUACAUCUGGCAAUAAAUGCUUCGAAUUUUUGUUCUUCUUUUCACGGCCCGGAAACUAACCAGGCAAAUAAAUCUAGCAGUGCUGGUGGGCAUUAAGAACAAGUAGAUAGGUGCAAGAAAAAAAAAGUUCCGUCGUAUGAAG